ACCUGGGUCCAUUGGCGAUGAUGUUGUACAUAGGCGGCAGGAGUAGCUGUGGCAUACUAGCUUUCACCUUUCUACUGUUCUUUGCCAUCUCGAUUACCCGUAGUGCCGAUGAGCCAACGACAACAAUCAAGUACAACGUUGUCCAAGCCUGGGCGGCCAAACUCGGAGGUGAGCUGUGGCAUUUGGGAGAUUUUAUAACUAGAAGAAAGGAGGUAGAAGAGAGUUUUAAACAAGCACAAGUAGUUAGCAAAAAUGGACAAAAAAUUGUCGAGGAGAUGGCCAAAGAUCUCAAGUACAUGAUGGAUGCGAAAGUGAGCGCCGUAAAGCGCAUCAUGGAUACGGCGGAAAACACUGCCAUAUCGUUCGAUGAAGAACCGGUAAACCAAAGCUUCCAGUACUACAACGCGAAGCAGAUGAUCGAGCCAGGCGAAAUCAUUACCACCCCAAUUCCGAUGAUCGACGAAGACCCGGCCGACAUCACCACACCAAUACCGCCAAAGGAGAUCGUACUCACGAAGAAACGUCACUUUUUCAACGAAGCCGUCAACACGACCGUCAGCUCGGUGCACGUACCGACGAACGUGUACGACCGGGCGACCGAGGUGAUCAAGGCGAUCAAAUGGUCGGAAGCGCUCGAUUCCAUCUUCUACAACAACUACAUCGGAGAUCCUACGCUCACGUGGCAGUACUUUGGCAGCUCAAGCGGGUUCCUGCGCCAGUUUCCCGCCACCAAAUGGGAACAGGAUCCGGUUGAUCUGUACGACUGCCGGUUGCGUUCGUGGUACAUCGAAGCGGCCAACAGCCCGAAGGAUAUGCUCAUCCUGGUCGACAGUUCCGGGUCGAUGACGGGCCAGCGGAAGGACAUUGCCAAACACGUCGUCUCGAACAUCCUCGACACGCUCGGACCGAACGAUUACGUCAACAUUUUCACCUUCUCGGAAGAGGUGGCGGAAGUGGUGCCGUGCUUUCGCGAUACGCUCGUGCAGGCGAACAUGGGCAACAUUCGCGAGCUGAAGCUCGGUAUGGACAACAUAGAAACCAAUGAGAUCGCUAACGUUUCAGCCGCCCUUACGAGGGCGUUCGAGCUGCUGGAACAGUUCCGGGAGACCCGUAACGGGGCCCGGUGCAACCAAGCGAUCAUGUUGGUCUCGGAUGGUGUUCCAUACAGCUUCGACGAGGUGUUCGAGCAGUUUAAUUGGAAGGAGCUACCGUUCAUACCGGUGCGCGUCUUUACCUAUCUGAUCGGACGAGAGGUAGCGGAUGUGAAGGAGAUCAAGGAAAUGGCCUGCCGGAACCAGGGCUACUAUGUGCAUCUGAGCACGAUGGCGGAGGUGCGGGAGGAGGUGCUAAACUAUAUUCCGGUCAUAGCGCGCCCGUUGGUGCUGAACAAGCGGGAACAUCCGGUCGUCUGGUCGGAGAUAUAUGCGGAUGUCGAGGAUCCCAAAAUGACCGACUGGCUGUGGGAGAUAAAGGAACGAGCCGAACAGAAGGAACGUUUUAUCGAUUAUCGGAAGAAUCGGGUGUUGUUCUAUUCGCCGGAAGAGCAACAUCGUCGAAUGAUCAUGAAGCAGCGCAUGAAUCAAGACCCGUACUCGAACAAUCAGAAGUACAACUUCAUGACGACCGUCUCGGUGCCAGUGUUUGAUCGACGAGAGAAUGCGAACAUCACCGAAGACAUACUGAUGAACGAGGCAUACUGGGUGACGAUCACGCGAGAGACGCGGGUGGCCAAUAUACUUGGUGUUGCAGGAGCCGAUGUGCCAAUAGCGGAAAUUAAAAAAUACCUUAAACCUCACCUGCUUGGUGUAAAUGGAUACGCCUUCAUUGUCACAAACAAUGGCUACAUCCUGACGCAUCCAGACUUCCGUCCAGUGUUUCAAGAUAUUCUCAAGCCAGCCUAUAACACGGUCGACAUGAUUGAGGUCGAGUUGACCGAUGACGACCAAGGGCCACGAGAGUUCAAUAACAUGCUGCUUAAUAUGCGUGAAUCUAUCAUCAACCAGUCUACUGGAGCCAAGUGGAUACGUGUGAAGUACCACUUUGAUGAAAUGAAACGGGUUUCGCGUACCAAACGCCAGUACUACUGGACACCAAUUAAAAAUACCCCCUUCACGCUGGUGGUUACGUAUCCCGAGACGUACGGCGUCAAUCGGCUGCAGAUACGUACGGAGGACGAGAUCCACCGUAUUCACGCUAAAGGCAGCAACGUGGCCAGCUUCUUCAGUGGCAACAAUUGGAAGAUUCAUCCGGAUUGGGUGUACUGUAAAUAUUUAAACGAACACCCGAACGAAACGUUCGCUACGCCGGAGCUGGAGUUAAAGCAUUUCCUCGAACGUAUGAAACUCGGUGGCUGGAAGUGGCCGUCAAACCGCACGCCUCCCCCACCCGAACACGCCAUGUUCUCUAAUAUAACGGGCAAAUUGCCAGAGAAGGAUUAUUAUUACUGCGAUCGCGGUUUGAUGCAGGCGCUCGUGUAUGACGCUAAGGUAACGGAAUGGUUCUCCAAGAACGUUAGCGGGAGCGGUGGAAAUAAAGACGAGAAAGGUCCAAGUCCUAUUGCUGUAUUGAUGGGUUUGCUGCCAAGGAACGAGUUCAAGCAACGCUUCGGCAUCACCGUUUCUUUCCUGGCCACACACUCGGGUCUGACACGAUGGCAAGAAUACGCCACCGGUGCGGAUGAAUCUAAACAAGCCGAGCCUGAUUUUAGCGAAACGCACAACCGUGCGAUUGACGAGGUGUGGUACAAGCGUGCGGUAGAGCUGUACUACAGCAACCGCAACCGGAAAGGUGCGGACGGUGAGAACGGUAAGGACGAUAGCGAUCGUAACAACUUCGUCUACUCGGUACCGUUCGAUGCGGGUAAUCGGAACGAUACGCUCGUCACGGCCAGCCACGCCAUUUUCCACACGGACGGGACGCGGGAAGCACCGGUUGCGGUGGUGGGCUUCCAGUUUCACCAUUCCGCACUCUAUACACUGUUCAAAAACAUCACCAGCCAGUGCGGACACGGUGAUCCUCGGUGCGAGAAGACGUGCUUUACCGGUGACUAUCAGUGUUACGUGAUCGACAACAAUGGGUUUGUGGUGAUCAGCGAGCAGCUGCAGGAAACCGGUGCAUUCUUCGGUGAGGUUAAGCCCGCCUUUAUGCAGCGCUUGCUGGACGAUAGCAUCUUUCGCAAUGUGACCGUGUACGAUUAUCAGGCAGUUUGCUUCAUGCCCAAAGGUUCGAUCAAUCUGGGCACGGUACUGCAAACGCCGUUGCGUUUAAUCUGGUGGAUGCUUACCAACACGCUUUCGUACUUGGUUUGGGUGGUGAUGCAACUGUUUCUUAGCCUUGCACAGGCGUACGAUGAGAUAUACGAUACCGGUGCGUAUGAUGUGGUGCCCGAACUGGGCGAUCUAGACGAUCCAACGCUGAAUCGCUACAAGGAGCCAGAGUUCAACAAGGUGCUGAUUAACCGGACCCGGCCAGAGCCGUGCGAUCACGUGAUCACCCUGUACGAGCUCAACAUGGACGUUGAUCCGUCGGUGUACACAAAAGAGGCACACCAGUGCGAACGCCCGUACGUGGUGUUGCCGAUACCGUCCAGCAAUCUUCUGCUGCUAGUGCUGGACACACUCUGCCCACUGCCCACCCAUGUGCCACAGCUGUCGACAUGGCCGGUGGAGCACGAUUACAAUGCUUCGCUCGCUUGCCACAAGGCCCGUAGUGAUCCGCUCCCGAGACGAAGACCGCUUACCUGCAUCAACAAGCAUGCAAACGAAAGUGUGAUCGAGCUCUGCGGAGACGGUAGCAUACCCAGGUAUAACGUUGCUUUACUGCUUGCCAUGCUAGUGUUCGGCCAGUGCAUAGCGCUGCGGUGCGCUGCCGGUGGCAUCUUUGCUUACCUCUGGGACGCAUCGUGAACGUCAC